GGCUCCCCCCUCCCUGAAGACAUCGCAAACAAGCGAAUUACGAGUGUCGAAGACCAGAUCAAUUCUGCCGACGUUAGUGUGAGCGGGGGAUCAGAUACUGAGGCAUCGCGCGCAAAGGACGGGGACAAGGGCCAGGUCCGCGCUGGGGCCUCCACGAAAAAACCUGCGACAUUCAAAGCUGUUUCUGUCAACAAGACCUUCCUCGCCUCCAAAGCGAAUCCAAAUGUCUCAUCCAAGACCAGCGACAAGCCAGCCGCAGGCUCUAGUACCCCGCCGACUGGCUCCGCCACCUUGUCCAUAUCACGACCACGUUUAGUUGCAAAAUCGGGUAGUGGUACGGGGAGCUCGACUCCAAGGUUCUCGUCACUGGCGAACGGCGGAAAGCCGGCGGCUGCACCUGACCCAAGUGUUGUGUGGAAUAAGAACAGGCCUACACCUGUCCCAGAACCGAAAAAGUUGACGGAUGAAGAGCUCAAGAAGUAUGGAAUUCACAUGGCUAGUCGCCUAAAUGAAGACGAUACACAGGGCCAAAAUAAGUGGGCAGACAUUGACGAUGACGACGAUGACUGGGAACCCGAAGCGAUAACUUGGGGAGACGGUACCAAAACAACUCUCCCCCAUCCUGACGAGGUUCCGAUUCAGGCACCAGAGCGUGCACCUGAUGAGGUCAAGCCUUCUGUCCAGGACAAGCCAUCCUCUCCGGCACCGCCAGGCGUGGCAAAUGUUACACCAUUGCCAAAAUCAGGAGGGCUUCCAUCUGGGAAAGGGCUGGUUCUCAAGAGUGCUGCUCAGGAAAAGCCAGUUCUGGUUGCCAAACCCCCCGCGCCACCAGCGCCCGCCAAAUCUCCAUGGGCUACUCUGCCCCCUGUUCCGAAAGCAUCGCCUGGUCUUGUUGAGUCUGCGUAUCCCCCACGCGGCGGCCUGAAAGAGUCCCCUUACGCCUCUUACGCCUCCCAUAUGGGACCUCCACCUCCCAGAGAUCUCAUGAACGAUGAUUAUUCACGUACCUGGAGAGAUAGACCUUCAUAUGGGAAUAAGGAGCUUUUCAACUCGCGGUCUGGUCGAUAUGAACCUGUCCCUGAUCGGCGCCCCUCGAUGCGAUCCGACUCUCAGACUAGAUACCCUGCUCUAUUGCAGCGCAUGCCUCCAUCAGAGCACCCAGCCGAGCCUUCAGCUGCAUUCCAGACUAGUCGCACGGUGCAGGAAGUCCCAUUUGGACGACGUAGGGGUUCGUCCAAUGUCAGCGGUGGCAGUGGAUCAUAUCUUCAGCGCAUCAGUAAGGGAAGCGAUGGCUCUAUGCCGCCGCCCCCUGACUUUCUCGGCGUCCGUAGAGGGUCUUUAAGUGGCUCUGUUAUAGAGAGCCCGGUUUCUCCAGUCGCGGCAUCUGUGAUGAGUCAAGGACAAUCAAGACACCAGCCCUUGCACGAUAUGGCUUCUCGGCCGUCCCCCGGGACAACGUAUGCUGGUCCUCACCAUGGGAACCCACAUGCUGAGAUGAACAACGGACCUGCCCCUCACCAGCUUGAAGACGAUAUUGAAUAUCAAAAGAAACUGAUGCGCGAGGGUGUCGAGCUCGCUAGAAAACGUCGACUAGAGGAAGAGGCUCGCGAAGAAGCUGCACGCCGAGAGCGUAUACAAAAGAAACUUGACGCUCUUGGGCCUCCUCCCGAAAAGAAGAGCGAAAUGAAAGAUGUGCCCAAGGACCGUGAGGUGAAUCAGCACUUGGUAUCUGGCCCGCCUUCUGAAAAACCGUCUACGGUCGAGAAUCCUCCAAGCCAAGCGGAUUCUAGUAAAGAUGACACAGUCACUAUAACGCGUAUUGAAAAGCCCGCAUUCAGCCAGAAAGAUACUGCAUCGGCAAACGUCGUCCCACCUGGCCCUACAGCCAGGCGGCUAUCACACAGCCAAGCCACAGAGUCUUCCAAUGUCUGGGGAAGUUCUGCACCUCGGCCAGAUCGGCUCCCAUCAUGGAAUUCCGGGGCCCAACGAAAUGUCUGGAGCUCUCCGGAUAACAAUAACGGACUUGGGAACGGCACAUUCAAUCCCAUUAUCGGCCGCACGCCUGCUCAAUCAGUUUCAAACCCCAACGCACCAGCUCCUAUUGGCCCUCCUACUAUCGCGCAAUCAUCUUCGCACAAUCGAAACCAGGUUCCGUCAGUAAUUGGCUCGCGUGCUACUCGGUAUUCAAAUCUUGGUAACGAUAUUGCGAGCAAAUGGGUGACGUCCGUGGCUGAAAACGACAAAAAAAUAAGUGCGGCGAAGAUGGCUGAACGGGUAGGGCGUGAUCGUCAGCUAGCAGAACGUGGAGUCACAGCGGAAGAUGCUCAACCCGCAAUCAAAGACACUUGGCGCCCAGUUCAUAAUCCUGGUGAUGGGACUAGACACGUCAUGGGUUCUACUGAAGGGAAGCCUAACAUCACAGACCCGUGGAAAGUCUCGCGAGACGAUCUCACCAGGGGCGCUUCUUCUGCGGAUGAUUCCAUCUUGGGAGGCCAACCUACAGUUAUUGGUAGCGGGGGCAGCGGCUCUGUUUUGCCUCCGAACGGCCCAACAACAACUCCUCAAUCGCGACCCUCUCGAUUCUUCCCUGCCAGAGACGUUCGUAUGGAGAUUGGCAUGUCUGAACCACUGCGGCCCUCUUCGCCAUCUCCUCCACCGCCAACAAUGGAGGGCCACCCGGCAUACGAAGGGGACAUCACACGCCCGCAUGUCUCAUUACCGAAGCCGCUACCAGUAGUCAAGCUACCCCCUGCUAUGGUUGCCGCUCAAGCAUCUCAACCAAAGCCAAUUAACACAUGGGCCAGCCGUGCGGCUGCUAGAGAAAUUUCUCGCGCUCCCGUCCAGCAGGGUCACUCUAUGCGACGACCUUCUGAGACGUCACAUGGAAAUUGGCAAGAUAAAAUCAAUAAUCUUCUAAACGGCGGGAAAACAUCUCCACCAAAACAUAUGGGAGUAGAUCCUGCCAGUCGGCAUGCGCUAGAUCAUACGACUACCCAGACUUCCACAACCGUAUCUCUGCCUUUUGUAUCGGUACAGCACUCAGCGGGAAUUCCACAAUCAUUGACCUCAAAGCCAAUGGCAGAAGAAUGCUUUGAAGAGCAAGAAAUGGGCUCUCUUCCACAGAUCAGACUACCACACAAGGCACCAGAAGCAGCGUGGCAACCGGCAGCAGGCAUAAAAUCAAUGCCCAAGAGAUUUUUCGUACAGCCGACUGUUAUGGAGCCAUAUUAUUUUGCCUCUGAGGUUCUUGGCGGCGGAAACGCUGUACGGAUUUACUUUCCAGGGAUGAGUGAACCUAAGGUGGCCACUAUCCCCUUUUCUGCGGCCAGGGGCGCACGAGGAAGCCAUCGUGGCGGCAAUGGGAAUGGGAAUGGCAACGGCGGAAACGGCAACGGUAGCAGUAAGAGGGAAUUUUCGAGUAACUACGGUGAUUCGACGACCUCAAAUAACUCUGGCCGUGGCGGCCGCGGCGGGUACCGUAGUCGCGGAUCUGAUUCCUGGAGUCGA